AUGCCCACCACCACUACCACCGACUCUAGCAGCAGUGAUUAUGAACCAACAAGUACUGAGGAAGAUACCGGCACCGAGAAAGAGUACAAGAAGGAGAAACGCCUUUUCUGGAGUGAUGGAAAUGCAGGUGUAGAGAAAAAUUACGAGUUGGAAAUUCCUGGGUUCAAUGCGGUAGAAGCGGGUUAUUUGGCGGACGAUGAGACGGACACUGAGGAGAAAGAAGUCGAGAAAGUUGAAAUUAAACACAAAAAACGUUCGAGCGAAAUUUCUAAAUCAAGCAGUCUCUUCCUCAGCGAUUCUGAUGGAUUCGAAGAAAGGGCAGUUCUGUAA